AUGGCCGCCGUAGCGUGCUGGGGCAGGCAAGUCUUCCCAAAGGCGUCUUCAAGCAGGCAUGCUGUUUGGCAAGUUCGCUGGCAGGAUGAUGAUGCAAGAAGACGGGGUAGGUCCAGUCGACCGGCCGCCCUAUGCUUUGCGUCCGUGUUUGCCGGUCUUAAGAGGCUGUCGCGAGCCUCAUCGCGGCGACUGGCGGCUUGUCAUUCUGCAGCGGGUGGUGAUGUGGGUUUCACAGUGAAAGCCAUUGAGGGCAAAGGCUUAGGCGCUUUGGCAACGGUGCCGAUCCGUCGGGGCGACCGCGUGCUUCAAGAGGCGCCGCUGCUCUGCGUGGACACCAACCAAACCUCAGCCCUCGACGACGCGGCCGCGUGGCAUGAGCUGGACGAGGUCCUCGGGAAGCAGGUGGCAUCCUUGCGUUGCGACGAGGCAGCAAGAUUUUGGGGACUCGGGGAUGCUUUCACGGAGGGGGAGAAAACGGCCGCCGGAGUCUUCUGCACCAAUGCGGUGUCCUGCGAUGGGCAGGCGAUGCUCUUUCCGCAAACGUCGAGGAUCAACCACAGCUGCCGGCCCAAUGUUGUUCACUCCUGGCAGGGCGAGGAUGGUCUGAUGGUGCUGCAUGCAACGAGGGCCAUCCAGCCGGGAGAGGAGCUUUGCAUUUCCUAUGUGCCUGGAUUCUUGUCACAAGAGCAGAGGCAAGCACAGCUCAGGAGGAGGUGGCGCUUCUCCUGCUGCUGCCCCGCCUGCUCGGAGUCCACGCCUGGAAGUGACGAGCGGAGACUUCGGCUCGCCGCGCUCGAUGCGAAGCUGUCCGCGCAGACCCGCCUUUGGCAGACUCGAAACUUCACUGCUUCAGAGGCUGAGGCCAAGGAGUCUGCGUUGCUUUCGCAAGUCUCAGACAUGACUGAGCUGAUCUUGGCGGAGUUCGGCGCGCAUCCAGCCAUCCUCUGCCAGCUCUUCUACGAUGCCUUCGUUCUACUUCUGCUCUUGGGGAGGGCUCGUUCCUCGGGGCGGAUGAUUCGCCUGGCGCUGGAGGAGUCGACGGCCGCCGCGGGGCAAUCGUCCCAGACUCGCCGCUUCCAGCGAUUCGCCUCGGACCCCCGCACCCACCCGGCUUUCUCCAUGAGCCGAAUCCUCGCAGAUGAGACAUCGGGCGAAGGAAAGAGCCGAGAGGUAAGGGCAGUCAGACUGGCACAGGCAUGCAUGCAUCUUCCAGAUAGGUGA